AUGGUCAGCAGUCCAUGGGUGGUCAGCGGUCCAUGGACAGUCAGCAGGUGGUCAGUGAUGGUCAGUGAUGGUCAGUGGAUGGUCAAUGGAUGGUUGAUGGUGACCAGUGGUGGUCAGCGGUCCAUGGACGGUCAGCAGAAGGUCAGCAGUGGCCAGCAGGGGUUCAGCAGUGGUCAGCAGUCCAUGGGUGCUCAGCAGAUGGUCAGUGGAUGGUCAGAGACGGUCAGUGAUGGUCAGUGGGUGCUCAGCAGUGGUCAGUGGGUGGUUGAUGGUGACCAGCAAUGGUCAGUGGCCCAUGGACGGUCAGCAGGGGUUCAGCAGUGGUCAGCAGUCCAUGGGUGGUCAGUGAGUGGUCAGUGGGCCAUGGGUGGUCAGCAGACGGUCAGUGGGUGGUCAGUGAUGGUCAGUGGGUGGUCAGUGGAUGGCCAGCAGGGGUUCAGCCGUGGUCAGCAGUCCAUGGGUGCUCAGCAGAAGGUCAUUGGUGGAUGGGUGGUCAGCAGAAGGUCAGCAGAUGGUCAGCAGAUGACCACGGUCAGUAGGUGUGGUUGGGUGGUCAGCAGAAGGUCAGUGGUGGUUGGGUGGUCAGCAGAAGGUCAGUGGUGGAUGGGUGGUCAGCAGAAGGUCAGCAGAAGGUCAGCAGAAGGUCAGCAGAAGGUCAGUGGUGGAUGGGUGGUCAGCAGAAGGUCAGCAGAAGGUCAGCAGAAGGUCAGCAGAUGGCCGUUGGUGGCCGCGGUGGCCGCAGAUGACCACGGUCAGUAGGCGUGGUUGGGUGGUCAGCAGAAGGUCAGCAGAAGGUCAGCAGAAGGUCAGCAGAAGGUCAGCAGAAGGUCAGCAGAAGGUCAGCAGAAGGUCAGCA